UUCAUACAUACACAUGCACUACUCACACACAAAACACACACACACACACAUACAGAAAUAACGUAUGCAGGCAUAGUCACAUACAAAUAUAUGAGCAUAUACACUUAUACACACUCAUACAUAUAUGUGUGGUCGCAGUCGCUCAGAACACUCACCGCACACACACAUAUAUCUACAAGCUCACAUAUAUACACAUCCAUACAUGCUUAUACACGUACACACACACGCACGCACGCACACUUGUACACAUACACACACAUACAUACAUACACACACGUAUAUUCACAAGCUCACAUAUGUACUUAUCCAUACAUAUACACACGCACACACACACAUACACACAUACAUACAUACAUACAUACAUACAUACACAUAUAGCCACAUGUAUACAUUUAUACACAUGCAUACAUCCUUAUACACACACACAUACCCACACAUACAAGGAACACAAAUUCACCUCCACACACACACACACACACACGGCAUAAACAGACAGGCACAGACAGCAUCAAAGUAACGAUGCAGACAAAGAAAGUUUUGGAAACUGAAGAAUUGGUAAACGGGAACCUCUAGAAUCUCGUGGCUGGAGGUGUAUGUGUGUGUGUGAGGUAAACAAAACAACCAAAGAAGAGGGGAUGAGGACAAAAUUAUGUUCUCACACUGGUUUCUCCCCUUCGUUUUUCUCUUUUCACCUUUGACAGCAAACAGUUUUCCAUCGAAACCUGUGUUUGAAUCUUCAGCAAAGAUCUCAGGAAACAAUUUGAUAGUGCACGAAGGGGAAGAAGUGGUUGUGUCAUGUAAGUUGACAGGAAACCCACCUCUAACAGUGACUUUGCAGUGGAUGAAUACAACAGACAUGAAUUAUAACCAGAACACAUCAAUGAAGAGAACAGAGGACUAUAUUAUAAGCAACUUGUAUUUCACUGCAUCUCGAAGACAGCACAACCAGAAGAUACGUUGCCAGGUUACUGAUGCAGGGCAAGACCCAUGGAGGGAAGAGAAUUUUUUACUGCUACAUGUUAACUAUUUAGAUAAUCUGAUUGCUUAUGCAGUUCCAUCCAGUGUUGUUGCUGGUGAGAGAGUGGCUCUUGUAUGUAAAGGGAACGGUCGACCAGCCGUGAAUAAAACAUGGACGAAAAGUGGAAGUUCUUGGGAGAAGGAUGCAAAGGAAUUGUUUAUUAUCAACAAUGUUUCUUUAAAAGGAACCGGAAUUUAUAUUUGUACCAUGUGGAAUGCAAUUGGUAGAACAUCUGCUGCUGUUGGUCUUCAUGUAAAAGAAGAGGAGAGAAAAGUUGUACCUGCCCCAGCUGAAGUUCAUGGAGAUGUCACUGCUGCCCCAAUAUUAAAUGCUUUGCUCAUUUUCUGCAUUCUGAUAUUCUUGCUUCUCUCCGUUCUGCUGAUACUCGUUCUGCAUUACAUUUACCGCACCAUUCCCUGCAAGUCUCGAAGCUGCAAAAGACGACUGCCAAACCUGCCACUGUCUGCAUUGUCACGUUCUGAAGACAGAAUCCACCCUCAAGUAACAGUAAAAGUCAGCCAAUCUUCCAAAAGAACACCUAAUCCAGCUGCUGCUGCUACUGCUCAGGGAGAGGGCCCCUUACCAACUCGAGCAAAAAACAGUAGAUUACCAAAUAUCCCAGGAAAAUCUAAAGUGACCAGUGAACACCCCUAUGUUAAUACUUCUACAACACAUGCUGAUUAUUUAGAAUUGGUAGAUGAAAACUGCAGUGAAGACAAGUCAGAAGAUUUACUAUACGAAGAACCAGGAGAGAGCUGUUUCCGACCAACAGAACCAAUACGAAAAUCAUCCAGCAGCACACUUCUGCCGUAACCUGAUGUUUAACAGUGAUGGCCAUGUUCUUGGCAAGCGCAUGACGCCUGCAAUUAUCGUAUGGACAAAAGAGAUGUGUGACAGUUAAAUGGUUUUGUAUCAUGGUAUUUGUGAUGUGUGUCACAGAAAGAACAGAGAAAUCAGAGAUGACGGAAGGAAAAAACUCUUCUUAUAUAUGUGUGUGUGUGUGUUUAUAUAUACAUACAGUGUGUAUAUACAUACAUAUAUAUGAUAUGUCACCAGGUAAUGAGGUGACAGGUUGGCAGUUCGUUUCCUAGCACUGACACUAACCUCCUUGAAGCAAAGUUGAAAAUCUUCAAUGAGAAUAAUUGAUGUUUCUCUGCGUGUGUGUGUGUGUGAGUAUUUAUGUAUAGAAAUAUAAACGAAUCUACACAUUCAUGUAUAUUAUAUUUGUUCACAGAAAUAAAAGAAUAUAUACAUA